AUGGACUCCGUGGCCAGUAUCAUCCGAGUCUUGGCAAAGAAUACAUGUGGAUUACUGUGGUCUACUCUUAAACAAGUAUUACGCAUUGGUAAUCGUCGAACAAAUCUUCUACACUUGGAGUCUGCGGAAGUCGUGUAUCAUCGUGGUAACGAUUUACGAUUCUCCAGGGGCAUUGUACUAGACCAUAUGGGUCAAGGAGUAUGUCGCACAUUGGAUCUAGAUGAUGACACUGUACAUCGCAGACAUGUAGACAAAGUGAUUUAUGAAUUACAUCCCGGUACAAAUAUCGAAGACAGUUCAGAAGAACCCGGAAGAUCUGAACGAUUACUCAACAAGCCCGCCGUGAUUACAGAAAACCGAAGCUUCAUUCAAGCUGCGGCGGAUGUGGUGAUUGCUCAUGAACUAUGA